AUGUUUAAACGCGCUUACUCGACCUUUGUACCUAGACAUGUAUUUCCCGAUUAUAGGCUACCUUUGACGGACUUCAAAGGCCAUCAAAUGCGCGCUAUUCAGCGUUUUAGACUAUUGUUACCACAGCUGAAUUUACUACUGGAGCUUCGAGACAGCAGAGCUCCUAUAAGUACCAGAAACGUUAUAUUUGAUGAUCUAAUGGUGAAUAGACGUGAAGAAAAUACCCAGAGACUAGUUUUAUAUACGAAGUCGGACCUGUGCCCGAAAGAAACGAUUGAUAAAUUGAGACUUUGGCACACACAGAUGGGUGACGAGUUCAUGACGAUGGAUUGUCGGUCCACGAAAGAUAUACGAAACCUGAUUCGAAUAUUACAAUGGAAAUACGACAAAGUGGUUGAGCAAAGUUUGGGUGAGGUGGAAGGAAAUGAAGGUUUGCCCUUGGGUUACCGGAUUCUGGUAGCUGGCAUGCCCAACGUCGGAAAAUCAACACUGGUAAAUACACUGCGAUUCGUGGGCUCUUCCAAAACUAGAAAUUUGAGUGAGAGCAUUCACGGCUCAGUCGCCCAUAAUAGACGCAAAGUCGCGAAAACGGGAGGUCAGGCAGGUGUCACUAGGUCCACUAGCGAAUGCAUUCGUAUCGCGGACCACAGAGGUGGCAUUUACUUGUACGACACUCCUGGAGUAUCACUUCCGGGACGUGUGACGACACGGGAAAAAAUGGUGAGUUUGAGCCAAUGUGGAUGCGUCAAGAGUAAUCUAGUGGAUCCCGUAAUCCAAGCAGAUUAUCUGCUGUACGUGAUGAAUCUCCAAGAUCCGGCCGCGUAUACACAGUAUACCAAAGGUAUACCCACUAAUAAUGUUUACAAGGUGCUUGGUGGGAUUCGUAAGGCCACGAGAAUAAAAGACGACAACGGCGCAGCUAUCCAUUGGAUCGACAAGUGGCGCCAGGGCCUACGCGGCAUGAAGAUUAAGAUUUCUUUCGACGUCGAAACUUUGCUUGACGACGAAGCUUUUUCAUACAAGGACUUGGUGGAACGCGAGUUGAAGCAAUUGGGGCCUUGGCUGGAGUCGGUCCCUAGUACGGGACAGAAGAUUUCGAAGCAAGCUUUGAAGGCCAGGAAUAGUAAUCAGCUGUUUGACUUGUGA